GUUUUCAAGGAAUAUUUGUUGAAAGCUUAGCAUAUCGGGUUUUCACACCUUUCAAAAUUUUUGGAAUAAAUCCAACGGUUCCUAUUUUGAUGUACGGAGUGUUGUAAUUAUUAUGCCGGAAUACGGUUUCCGGAAUAAAGCUAUUGUACAGCGUUUGUAAACACGGAUGAGUUGUCGUCUGCACAGACGAGCGGGAAAACAAAAUUGUGCUUUCCGAAGGUCACAUGGACAAAUUUAGGGCACCUGGCGAUAUUUCAAAAUUUAAUUAAUUCUGGAAGGCUAAAGACAAGAAAAACAAGUGGAUAAAGCUGUUAAAGAAAAUGGCAAGAGGUGGCCCAAAUUUGGAGGCCAUGAAGAAUCUGGAUUUGAACCAGUUUCUGGACAAAGAUAUUGAUCUUACUCAGUUCUUCAGUCAACAAGAGCUGGAUGAUAUGGGCAUUCAUCAGCAAACAAGACUGAAAAACAUUGCACAGAAUUAUGAGAUUAUGCUCUAUAUGGGUUUGCCUGCAAUUAAACCCGACUUCAUGAAAGGUUGUUCUAAUAGAGCUAAAGGACCGAAAAUAAGGAACCAGGCCAGUCAUACCACUCUACCUUCUAAGAAUAAAAUUCAAUGUUCUGAUUCAGACAGUGAUGAAACUUGGACUCCAGAUUUAGAAAGAAAGAAAAGAGCUAGAGGUAUUUUGUGAUUGCUCAAUUUAUUUAAGCAAGAAAGAAAGAA